GCGUGUCUUCGAACUAUCCAUGGGCUGACGCGAAGAGCGGUGGCAUUCUGUUGGGGAAUCCUUUGUGGAUCACAUGCCACUGGCCAUUUCGACUCGCCCAACGAAGCAGACAAAGUUUCUUCAGCAAACAGCCCCGUUCCUGGACCGGCAGGAGAAGAUGUCGAUGUCAUAUUCAACUUCAUCUUCCCUCGAUCUGUUCAUGGCUCCAGAAACGUCUGUUCUGAUGCCGCUCGCUCCCCGUCACCCCCAACUAAAUGGCUCGUGAUGUUUGGUGGUUCCAAUACUGAAAGCGCCCUCGAGAAGCAACAGAAUGGAACAGCGCCUGACGCGAACGGCGCGCUGAAUACUCUGGAUCAUGCGGGAAACCAUGUGCCUGCGACGUCCGGUGCCACUCUCCUCCCACGGCCAGUUGCUUCUCUGGUGUCGUUCUUCGCACAUUCCACGUCGCUCUCGUUUCGGAUAGGGGCCUUUUUCGGCGGUGCUGCCAUCGACGGCGUUAGGGUCACGACGCUGACAGGUCUGGAGCUCAGUAGAGCUGUUAUCGAAGGCGUAUUAACUAGGGCUGGGCGCGAUGUUGCCAUUCGAAGCAGCGAACGUGGGAAGGCGGAGGCAGAGUCUCUGCUCGAGCGAAGCCUUGCAGUUUUACACUCAACCUUGACAUCUGCCUCGUUCUUCGUUGCGGCGACAUUCCAUCUGUCAUCUACGGCGCUUACAUCGGUUUCCCAUCUGUCACAAAGCCUUCUGUCCACCCUCGAUGCCAUUCUUGGCUCUUCGGAAUCUUCCAGGGCAAUAGCAGCAAUUGUAACUCUCAUUAGAAGGGAGUUCAGAAAAUCGGAACAGGGUGGGACCGAUAAGGUCGGUGUCGGGGAUCUUCUUGUCGGUACCGUUGGAUUUGCCAUGCUACAACGCUGGGGAAGGAAAACCACCGAAAGUGAGAUAUAUAAUACUGGUGGAUAUGAAACGGUCUGGGACGUCGUCAUUUUGGAUAAUGGUAUCCGGGCCGAUGUAAUUGGAACACGCCAGUUGGACUGUGCAAAUGACGCCCGAGAUGACUUGGAAAAUAAGCGCAAAGGCGCCGCUUCAUUUAUGUCCCUCAAUAAUGACGAGGAGGAUUUUGGCGCUGUUGAACGUUCAACAAGCGUCGUUGAUACGCUGGACAGUGCCAAUUUGACGCUGUCACCCGACGACCACCAUCAGAUAUCAGAUGAGGAUCUUCGCUUAUAUAUAAUGCGGCAACUUCCCCGGGGUUGUCAUGCUUCGAUUAAGACUGAUACGAUCACAGCACGUACAAUCACGGUGGACAUUCUGGACGAUGAUACGGCGGAAAUUGCCGCACCUCCCGGCACCAAGAUGGUUGCGGAAAGGUUUCACCACCAUCAAGAUGCGAAUGACUCGAGCUCUCACCAUCUACCUAAGCAUACAGUUGUUUUCAGAACGGCCUUUAAUAGAUCGCAGAGCGCUGAUGUCAUACACCAAACAAUGAAAGGCACAAAGCUGGAGCCGUGUCAAUCAGAGUCUGCGGAAAGGAGCACGAAGGGUGUCACCGUUUCUACAGAUGCACCAGAUACCGUAUCAAUUCCUGGUGGCAGACAGAUUGUGGAAGAUCUUGGACCGGAAUUGGACUCACAAAUAGAAUUGGAGUGCCCUAGACCUCGUACUCCAAGGCGAGUCCAGAAUGAUAAGCCUUUGCCUGAACUGAGGACAUCGAAUGGCCCUUCUACAUACUCCCGUCAUGCGGCGGCUCCUUCUCGCAGCAGGUCUUGCGAACCUUCCAGUCCGUCGUCGCAGAGCGGACCUGACACUGCCAAGAGCAUGUUUGGGAAAGGUUCACUGGCGAAGCUAGCCCACAAAGUGAAACAAACUGGCGCUGAAAAGAAUGAAAGUCGGAAGCGACAAGCACCUAAAAAGCCGAAGUUGGAUCCGUCGACAGCGAAUUUGUCGCAACCGAAAAGAGCGUCGACAGGCCCUCUAACCGUAAGGAAGAUACUGCCUCAACGGCCGCCUGUCGGUCCGAACACCAAAAUAAACCCGAACGAGGGUCUCGCGUCUCCAAACCGUUUGGUGCACGCCCCUCUGCCAAACAGGGAUUCUUUGAGGGUCCCACUGCCCAAUUCUUCUAGAGUCAAGUCGGUUCGCACCCCAAAUGUUCAUGCUCACCAACGGGAUGCGAGAAAUAGCGGUCCUGACUACUUUUCAGUUCGUGAAAAGAAUAAAGAAUCCUUCCUUGCGCAGAGAGAUUCUUACUCUCGACUGUCUGCGGAUAUGCUUCCGGGAUCGUCCGGUACUGCCAGAAGCCAUAUACGCAGCAGCAGUGCUAUGUCAGUGACUAGAUCGGAGACGGAAAUGACUGUCUCUAUCAGUAACGAUCACGGUCCGAGCACCCGCCAGCGAAGAUCUAACUCCAUUUCCCAUAGUAUAUAUUCGUUGGCGACGGCAGGGUCGGAGAGCUCUCUUAUUCUCGCUCCUCGUCCCCAAAGCAUUGUUCACGACGAUAUGGAAACAAUUCAAGACCUCCAGCGCGACGGUUCAUUUCCCGGUAUCUUCCCCGAAAAGCAUCUUGUGCAGAACAUCCGACGAUUCUGUCGAUUUUCUUCUGCGUCUUACGGGCCUAGUGCUCUCAAGGUAAUGGGGGUUCGCCCGACCACCAACACCAAGACUUUCCACCUUAAAGGAUCAGAUAAGCAUGAGCACAGUGCUUUUUCGAACUAUGCUGGAUUGCCCCCAUCUAGCAUCCUGCUGUCAUCAUUUGUUGACCCGGAAGGUGGCACCAAUGCUGCUGGAGAAACUGAAACAGGUUUUCCUCUCGUCCACUAUUUAUGCCUAGACCACGAAUCUAAAGCUGUUGUCCUGGCCCUUAGGGGAACGUGGGGUUUUGAAGACAUCCUCACAGAUAUGACUUGUGACUACGACGACCUCGUAUGGCUGGGAAGAAAUUGGAAGGUACACAAGGGCAUGCAUGCCUCUGCGAGGCGUUUAUUACAGGGCGGGGGUGGAAGAGUCCUAGUUACAAUUAAAGCUGCCUUGGACGAAUACCCAGACUACGGUGUGGUGUUCUGUGGUCAUUCCCUCGGAGGUGGUGUGGCUGCGCUUCUCGCUACUAUGAUUUCGGUACCCAACGACGAAGCGUCGGGCACGUCCUUUGUCACCGCAUCUCACGAGUCUGUCCUGCGGCCUAUGCUACCGUCGGCGAAUGGUGAAUAUCGCUCCAAGGCUACCUGUUUCCUGCCUCCUGGUCGUCCCAUUCAUGUUUAUGCGUACGGCCCGCCGGCGGUCAUGUCACCCCUUCUCCGUCGUGCGACUCGCGGGUUGAUUACAACCGUCAUCAAUGGUCAGGAUGUGGUACCUAGUCUUUCCUUGGGUAUUCUGCAUGACAUGCACGCCGUCUCGGUUGCGUUUAAAGGAGACGCCUCCGGCGCCAAAUCCCAAAUACGCAAUCGCUUCUUUGAUGGACUCCGACAAAGCAUCAUCAAUAAGUUUUACGUCGAUCAACCUCCUAUGCCCUUAGAGCUGGUGAUGGCGUUGGCGAAGAUGCCUGGGCCUGGAAGACCCUCAAGAUGCUUCGAGAGGAAAUGUGCGCGCCGAAACUAGUCCCACCGGGUGAAGUAUUGGUCGUCGAAACAGUACGCGUUCUCCAACGCGAUGCUUUCACCCGUCGACCUGCUGGUGAACCAUAUCCGCAGUUAGGUCGACCAGCUACAAGAGUACAGCUAAAAUAUGUUCGAAGCGUCGAAACCUGGUUCAGGGAAUUGAGAUUUGGAUCGGGCAUGUUCGCCGACCAUAAUCCGGCCAGGUACGAAGCUAGCAUUUCUGCGCUCGCGCGUGGGGUGCUGGACUUCUGAUACACUAACAUAAUUUCUUUUUGAUGAUAUCAUGAUGGCAUGCUCUGUCUAAUUAGCGAAUAUGGAUAUUUUAUGUUGAACGACGGAAUGUCAAAUGCUUAUACGCAUUUAUUGCAGGGAUCGAGGGAUAAUUUGGGUUACGCUUUUGGAUAGCAUAUCUAUCGUGUCUAUAUUUCCUUAAUCUUAUGGUGGGCAAGUCACUCUUUGAUUUCGCUUUUGCGAUGAUAUCCCACAUAGCGAGAUAUUUAUGAACACCUCUUUAAUAGUGAUCUCCG